AGAUUACCCAGGCCUACAGCUAGCUGCGCCCUGCGGUCCUUCCCCCCCACCCCCCUCCCAGCCUUCCUGCCCCCGUCGAUCUCCCAUUCCGGCGCUGGAUCUCUAUACCAUCGAAUCGGCCAUGGACAUCGACGGUGACGACCUCAACGGGUACCUGGGAUCGGGCGGCUUCGUGCCAACAGAUCUGGCCGCUGCUCACUCGGCAGCUGAGGAUGUGGCUGCAGGGAAUGGAGGAAUGCAGGUCAACAGAGGCGGUGGAGGGUUUGGUCAGUCGGACGACACGAACCACGGUGCCGACAUGGACGCCAUGGUGGCCGAGCGUCGCAGAUCCUUGGCCAAUGGCUUCGGUCUAGAUUACCUGUCGAUGGGCGAAGAGGAUUCAUUCUCGUCGAUGGUGUCGCCGACGUUCACGUCGUCGCGAAUGUCGGUGCCAACGACGCUCGAGGACGUUAUGGAUAUGAGCGCGCCAGUCCCGCCGGUGAUGUCCAUGCUCGCGUACGGGACGACAAUGUCCGCUCAGGACAUGCAAGCCAGCAUGUCGAUGUUCUCCAACAGGACCGGCAGUAUCACACCACGGGCGUCUCUACCGAGUCCCGUCGACAGCCUGAUGCCUUCGGUACCGACAAGUCCUGCGGUAAGUAUAGUACAUCGACCGCAGCGCUCCCUAUCGUCUACCACCGUCGCGUCGGAUAUCACCAUGGGCCAGGGUCCCACUCAGCGUUCCAUGAUUGAGCAACCACUCGACCACUCCACGAGGUCCCCCGACAAUAGCCAAUCAUCUGAACUCUUAACAAUGCAUCCAAAGCAUAGCAAUUCACAAAUGCCGGCACCCUCGAUAUUUCCCGAGAAUAUCUAUUCGUCGAGUGGGUUCGAUAUGAUGGACAUCCUGAAUCGUGUUGCCAAUCGUCCCAAUCCCGAGAUCAACAUCGGUGCGGUCGACAUGUCCUGCGCAUUCGUUGUCACGGAUGCCCGCAAGUUCGACACCCCGAUCGUAUACUGCAGUGCCACAUUCGAGCGCUUGACGGGUUAUACGAAGCACGAGGUGCUGGGCCGGAAUUGUCGGUUCUUGCAGGCACCGGAUGGCAACAUCAAGGCUGGCGACAGGCGGAAAUACGUGGAUGAGAACGCGGUCUACUACCUGAAGAACCAGAUUGCAGCCAGAGCUGAAGCGCAGACUUCGCUCAUCAACUACCGCAAGGGUGGACAAUCGUUCACCAACCUGUUGACAAUGAUCCCCAUCACGUACGACGACACCGAUGAUGUCGUUUACAUUGUUGGAUUUCAGGUUGAUCUCGUCGAUCAACCCAGUGCUAUGUUGAACAGGAACAGAGGUGAAGACGGAUCUUUCUCCGUCAACUACCAGUACACUCAAAUGCCCACAUACAUCCCCGCCAUCGUUAUGGAUCAGAGACCCAAGAUCACCAUGGGUCGGGAUGAUGUCUCGCAGGUACUGGCUUCGUUCGGAAACGACCUCGAACUCCACUCCAAGCGAAUCCUCGACAAGGUGCUGCUGGAGAACACUGACGAUGUCGUACACGUCCUCUCGCUCAAGGGUUUGUUCCUCUAUUGCUCGCCAAGUAUCCGCAAAGUCCUCGAGUACGAGCCCCACGAGCUCGUCGGCACCAGUCUGUCCGGCGUGUGUCACCCCAGCGACAUCGUGCCCGUCACCAGAGACCUGAAGGAUACUUCGAGCGGAACCAGCGUAAACGUCGUCUUCCGAAUUCGCCGAAAAUUCAGCGGCUAUACAUGGUUUGAGAGUCACGGUUGUCUUCACACUGAGCAAGGAAAGGGCCGUAAAUGCAUCAUUCUUGUUGGAAGAGAACGGCCCGUCUACGUACUCCGUUGGAAAGACAUCCAUGCCGCCGGCGGUAUCGGAGAGAACGAGCUGUGGACAAAGUUGUCGACUAGCGGGAUGUUUUUGCACGUAUCGUCUAAUUCUAAGCUGCUUCUCGAUCGGGAAGCAGAGGAUUUGAUCGGUACCAGCGUACAGGCAUUGAUGCGACCCGACUCAAAGAAUGAGCUAGGGAAGGCGCUGGAAGUGGCACGUAUGGGCAAUAGAACGACCGUGCGUCAUGAGAUUCAGAACAAGCGGGGUCAGUUCCUGCAGGCUCUCACGACUUUGUUCCCCGGUGACGGAGGCGAAUAUCAACGACCAACGUUCCUGAUCGCCCAAACCCGGCUGUUGAAGCACAGCAGAGCUUCCGCCACGGCCGCCAGUCCUCAGCACAAGUCAAACGUCGAAACGCCCAGCUCCCACAGCUCAACCCCAAGCGGAUGGAGUGGCGGCGCGGCUUCCACGCAUCCCUCGACACCGAACGAAAGGUCGAAACCUGGGACUCGGGAAAACAGCGCCGAUUCUCAAGGCGAGGACAACAUGUUUGAGGAGCUCAAGACUACGCGUUCCACUAGCUGGCAGUUCGAGCUACGGCAAAUGCAGAGGACUAACAAGCGUCUGAUAGAAGAGCUCAACUCACUGUUGGCUUCAAAGAAGAAGCGAAAACGGAGAAAGGGCGUCGAUCAGCUCGAGAGGGACUGCGCCAAUUGUCAUACCCGAGUUACACCAGAGUGGAGACGAGGACCUAGCGGAAAACGAGAUCUAUGCAACAGCUGCGGUUUGAGAUACGCUAAACUUAUUGGUCGGGGAUCCUCCCGCACCGCACCUUCCGAUUCGGACAAAGGCAAGACGAGUCCCAUGUCGGCCACGCCAAUGACUCAUUCGAUGUUGCCUUCCAAUGGAUCACCAAUCGCAAAUCAUCACAAUACGAGUCCGCAGUCGAACAAAACGCUCCAGCCAAUCCGCGAAUCGGCCACCUCCACCUUGGGCGGCACUUCGGUGCAACAGCAGCAGCAACAACAGCAGCAGCAGCAUCACCAACAGCAGCAACAUCAACACUCGUCAAAUCACCACAGCCAACACCAGAUAACCAAGAGUCCAAUUGGAAGUGCACCCGUGUCUCCUACCGCCAAUAUGAUGGUACCAAUCCACAUUCGACGGGGAAGCUUGGGGUCGCUACCGCCACAAAUGAUGUCGGAGCAGCCGCAGCAAAUCCGAAAACACAGCCACGGGUCCAUUCCGCACCUAUCUGGCGGGAUAUUCACCAACAUGUACAACGGAACGUCCAUGAUGCAGGGUAUCCAGAGCGCUAACCUCGGGCGCUCGAGUGCUGGAUCCGGGCAGGGCGGAAGUGGUGGAGGCAUCGGCUAAUUAGGCCGGCAAAAGCGUGUGAUUUGUAUUUGGGUGCAUCUGAUUUGCGGGGAAUUCAAUUUGCUGUUGCAUUUCAACGGGGGGUCUCAUUUCAUCAACAAUGCGUAAUACCCGACAUUUCAUGAGUGUUUGGGAUUGUUCUGUUGCUUCAUAUCAUCAUGCU